UGUGUGCAGACUGUGGUCGUGGACUGCAGGGGCCAUAUGCUUGGCCGCCUGGCCAGCGUGCUGGCCAAGCAGCUGCUGAGCGGCCAGCACGUGGUGUGCGUGCGGUGCGAGGAGAUCAACAUCAGCGGCGGCAUGGUGCGGCAGAAGGCCAAGUACGAGCGCUUCCUGCGCAAGCGCUCCGUCACCAACCCCCGCCGCGGAGCCGUCAAGUUCAGGGCCCCCAGCCGCAUCCUGUGGCGCACCGUGCGCGGCAUGACCCCGCACAAGACCGCCCGCGGCGCCGCAGCCCUGGAGCGCCUCAAGGCGUUUGAGGGCAUCCCCGCCCCCUACGACAAGGUCAAGCGCAUGGUCAUCCCCGACGCCCUCAAGGUGCUGCGCCUGCAGCACGGCCACCGCUACUGCCAGCUGGGCAACCUGGCCUCGUCUGUGGGCUGGAAGCACGAGGAGGCCGUCAAGGAGCUGGAGGCCAAGCGCAAGGUCAAGUCUGCCGCCUACUACGAGGCCAAGAAGAAGCUGAGGUCGCUGCGCGCCAAGGCGGAG